AUGGUUACUCAGACGAUAAUAGAUUUGCGCAUGUUCUCACCUACUGAAAGGUUUGUAGUACUCUUUAAAGCACACAUUUUGAGAAUGACCAUAACGAAAUUACAUAUUGACGAUUUUGGAGAUGGAGAACAAAAGAAAGUGAAUUAUGUUGCUCAGAACCAUCAGUCCGUGAGGAUCUUUCCUUUUUACGGACUGAGCUCUUGGCUCUUGGGGUCUGAGUUUUCGUCACAUCCCUCGGAACACAAGAAGUUGCAAAGAGGACUUCAUUAUUUUCGCUGGAAGACCCGUGUUCCUCCGCCCGCAGGAAUUUUUAAGACAAGUCGGGGAGAGGUUUGCGGGGAGUCUGACACUAAUAUCGCUGCAGGUCGCGCGUUUUUCCGCGCGAGGGAAAAGUCUGGCAUUGCUAAACCCCUUGUAGAUCUCUCGCAGGUUCGCACAGCCCAAGGCCUCCGGUUACGCUGUAUUGACCACAUCUCAUAAAAUUGCGAAUCGACCGCUCUCAAGGACCCUAACACCGCAAGAAAUAGAACGUUCCUAUCUAGUUUUCGACCGAAAGUGGAACUGAGAUGUAAAGAAUCCCCACUUUCUCUUAAAACACGGCAACAUCAGAGGAACUCCUUGUUUAUGUAAGGCUUAAGGUUGUUCCAAUGGUGACGUCACUUACCCUCGUCCCCAGGGCUCUCUCUUUUCGCGGAACCCGGAAACAGGUUGUUGUGUACUCUUCACUUACUCUCGGAUUGAAACAGUCUCAUGCUCGCUUGGAGCAUGGAAAAUACAGAAAAUUAAGACGACUUAUAAGCUGACAUAUUUCAAACCCCCCUUAUUUAACAAGGAAACAUCAAUACUUGAGCAGACAUGUCAGAAGCCGGAUCGUGAUGUCCGAGCAGAGCGGUAUGUCAGAUGUUCCAGCAGAAAUUAAUGAUCUUUGUUUAUCAGGUAUGUUUGGAAAGAUCAUUUGUUGUGUUUUUGGCGCUACCGUGAAUGUAAAAAAUUCAUAGGCGUUACAGAAAUGGUACAGAAAAAAUCUUCGAAACUUCACUCCGGGCUUGGGGUAAUGUGAUGUUGAUGAGGACCUUGUUAACACAAUGGAUGCAGUAUGGCUCGCGAUCACGUUUGCUGGAAUUAUAAUUUCUUACUUUAAGUUAGCUUAAACUUUUAACACUGAGGAGCAUAGACGCUGCGGUUAUAGCGGGUUUCGCCCAUAACGAGUUUCGCACAUAUCGUUUCGCCCAGAACGAGAAUGGUUUCGCCCAGAACAAUAAAGGUUUCGCCCAUAAGUAAAACUUCUACACUCUCACUCGGAAAACGUCAACCUUAUAAACUUUUGUAUGCACAGAAUGAAGAAAAGUGACUUGACCUGAGAUCAUGAAAUUUUGAAACGAACAAGUUACUGUUGAAACGAACAAGUCAAUUAUAGCUUUCACUGUGGAGCGGGGAUUGUUAAGGUAAUUCGCGCACGAAAUACUGCAGAGACGUCCGUUUGUCAUAAAAGCAUUGCUAUGAUUUUUUUGCAUCACUUUUCUUCUCGAGAAUUAAAUUAAACGCUUUUGAAAACACUUGCGCGUGGAACAUAUCAUCGUUGCAAAUCUUUUGUACACGGAAGAUAAGUUCCGCACGCCAGCUUAUGAAUACAUGUGAAUACGGUUUCGGGAAUACUAAAACAAAGGAAUCGAGAGUUAAAGAUUGUAUUUCUGACAUAGGUAACGGCAACAUAUAAUUGGAAAAGAGAUAGAAACUAAUCAAGUUCAUGAGUGCGUUUGCGUGGAAUAGCUUUACUACUCCAACGAAGCGUGCGGUACGAAAGCUUUAACUUAAAGGAAAUUACCGUCUUGCACAAAAAAUCUCAAUCAAACCUUAUCAAUAGAAUUUGAAAAGCUUACUCUUGCAAAAAAAUCUCACCUUUUCACUAGUCAAUAGAAUUUGAAAAGAACCGAAGUUCACUCCUGCCAAAAAAAUCUCACCUUUUCACUAGUCAAUAGAACUUGAAAAGAACCGUUGUUUACUCUGGCCAAAAAAAUCUCACCUUUUCACUUGUCAAUAGAAUUUGAAAAGAAAACUGAAGUUUACUUGGCACGCUAUUGUUUCCAAAGUGAAGUCAAAUGUAAUUUGAAUACCAAUAGUAAUUGUGUUGUUUAUGAAUAGACGCGCGGUCCUAAUUACAAUUUGUUAACUAAAUAAAAUAUUGAGAAAUUGAAUAUAGGAAAAGGAAUUAUUAGUAAGUUAAGUUAUGGAUCAUUCAAAUGCAGGAUAAGGAAGGUUCGAAAGGAAUAGUAGUUGAAUCAGUUAGUUUGUGAAGAUAGAAAUGUAAUAAGAAAUUAAGCUGUAAUGAAAGUGUAGGAUAACGAAUUAUGAGGUAUUAUGAGAAUUAUGGUAGGAUAUAAGGGAUUAAGUUUACCGAGCAUUUGCAUUUAUUCAUAAAGUUAUUUAUUUUAAAGUUAGAUUUUAGUCUUAAGAAUAAAAUUGCUUUCUUUAAAACAGUUGUUGUUUUUUUUCAUUUCGUUAUAAGCUGUUAUAAUGCUCCAGUAUAAAUUACAGUGGAAUACAGAUUUUUGGAACCUCUGGGGAAUUGAAAAUUGUUUCAAGAAAUCAAAGGUUGAAAUGAAGUGUUCGACUAAGAAAGGAAAGUUCAGAUGAGAGACGAGAAUAUUUUCUGCAAAGACACAUUUCUUAUGAUAAUUUAAACACAAAGGCAUAAUUGUUACUAAGAGUUUGUAAAUUGCAUCCACUAAGAUAUCUGACAUCAAGUUGCACUUUUAGUUACAGUUACAUUUUGUAACACCAUACAACUGUUGGUACUGACCACCUGACAAUUUCCAUCAAUUUCCAUCAUGUGUGAAAUAGUAAGACAACAACUUUUGUUUCAUGUUUCGGUUUUUUCCCUAAAACAUGGGGUCAAAUGGUGUCCUUUGGACAUAAAGGCCCUUACUAGUAUAAACUAUGAAAUCACACCAUCUUUUAGUGGCUCGUGCGUAAUAAGAAUGGUCUUCUUCAACAACAUUUCUGUCUUUACCCGUUGUGGUGUACUCGUACACUCGUUUCACAAGCUCUGCUUUCGUUCUCAGACCUUUGCACAAAUCACCACUGCACCUAACCCACAAUCGAAAUUCUGCGGUUUUAGCUCUUCAGGCUUUCGACCAAGGACAGAAGCACGUGGAAUGUCAUCUUACGUGCGCAAUUUCGCAUAAUAAACGCCACGCAUCGAGGCCUGUCCGACCUCGUUUUCGUGCUAGUAUUCCCAGGCCCCGCGCUACGUCCGCCAUUAUGAAAGUCGUGUAUGAACAUUGUAUGAACAGAAAACAAAAGCCCGGUUACCGGGCUCAUCUAAAGCAUAUGUCUAAAGAGGCCCUUAGCCUGGAUAAUCACUGACUGUCAGUCUGGGCGAAUCGAAUUUAUGCCUGGGCGAAACCAUUCUCGUUAUGGGCGAAACGCUUCUUGGGCGAAACUCGUUAUGGGCGAAACCCGCGGAUACCGACGCUGCAACCCCUGAAAGAUUAUAAAAAAGGUAUAUGGGUAUUCAAUAAGAAUUGAUGAAGGUUUCGUUGUUUAUUGCCAGGGCUAAAAUGUGUUUUAUUCGUUCGUAUUAUCAACAAACCAGACGAAUUGUGAGGGGAAAAAAACGUGUUUACAAGACAAAAUCGACUUUCUAAUGAUCUUCCAGAGUUUUUUUCGCUUGGCAUGGAAAAGUACCAAAAUUUUUUUAAGGCUAACCUUUCUUGAAAGCUGUAAUCAACAUUGGAAUCUACCCUAUCACCCACUUGAUCUCUCUCUGACUCUGCAAAUCCCACAUCAAUUUAACGUUUCCUAAACUUUGUUAUUUGCAGUGCCAUUUGUAGUAGAGGAAUGGGAUGAGAAAGCUAACCUCUCCCCACAUCAUUUGUCUUACAUCAUCACCAUUCUUCUGCCCCAGCAACUGGUAACUUUAGAGCGAGACAUUGACAUAGAAUCACAGCUCAAAGCAUUUUGUGAAAAGAAACACAUAAAUAAUGCAAUACCCGUUGGCAGUUCAACAGAAGGCUUUAGUAUUCCUUAUUCUAUGUCGUAUGAAGUAGAUUCUCAUCUUGGCACUUAUGUUGAUGCAGAUGUACUGUUUGUUGAGAAUGAUUUCCAGAUAUCCACAAAUGAUCCAAUCCAAGAUGUGGAUACCCAAGCCAUAUUAGAAUCUGAUGAUGUUCAUCCAGGUUAUUGCAGAGUGAGGCUACUAAAGCACAGUGAGGAUCGAAAAGAUGUUGUGACUUGCAAUGAUAAAAAAUACCUGAGCGGACACCGAAUUCAGAACUCAGCUCUCAAGAAGAUGACCAGUGGAAGAUCUAGAGAUGACCAAACAUCCAUUGGUAUUCAUGGUCCAGCAGUGUCAGUUGAGUAUUCCACUGUCUUAAAUGCUGACAAUAUACAAACCUAUGGUGUUAGGAUUCCACUUGACAUGGUUUAUGCAGUUCAGGUCAAGCAGUGGCCCCCAGAGGCAACUGAAUGGGUCCAAAGAGUGAAAAAAGGAAACUGGCUUGGAGAUGAUUUGAUUGAAUCCAUUGUGUCAGAGGGAUGCCACGUUGUGCCAGUUGCACACAAGCACAGCCUCAAUCCAGACAUAGAAUGGAGAAUUUCUUUUGCAGCUACAGAAAAAAGAAUGGCAAGGAAUGCUGUAACUGAUGGUCAACGUCAAUGUUAUAUCUAUUUCAAAAUGCUGCAGCACCUUUGUCUCAAAGAUUUGGAGGUGAUUUCUUCAUACUGUUUGAAGACUGUGUUUUUCUAUGCUUGUGAGGUUAUUCCAAAGGCCCUCUGGGAGACUCAUACUGGACGGUGCUUGUUGUACCUGAUUGAUAGUUUGAUUUGUUGUGUUAAACAAAGAAACAUCCCCAGCUUUUUUGUACCUGGCAAUAAUCUCGUAGAUAAUGUGCCAGAGGAGAAAUGGAAAGAUGUGGAGUCAAGGCUCCUUGAAAUAAGGAAAGAUCCCAUAACACCAAUUUUGAAGUUUACAGACACAAAUGCCAUCAGCAAUACAGAGAUCCCCUUUGUUUUUCGAAAAAAUGUUGCAUUUGUUUUGGAAGACAUGGAAAAGUUCAAAGUCCACAGAGACAUUAGAAGUUCUGCAUUUGAUGCGUUUUUCACAACCACCUUUAGAAUGAGUCUGCUGUACUUAAACCAAGGUCAACCAAAAAGUGCUGUUCAGAUUUUGAUGGAUUCGUAUCCUAUGCUUAACCAUUUCCUUGGACCCAUGCCACUUGUUUACUUUCUAAAUGAAGCUGCAAUCCUGAUCCAAGAUGGCCGGCUUUACCUUCUUUUAUUUCAAGAGCUCCUUGGAAUGACUGACCAACAUCCUGAUUUUAAGCUGCUAGAGGGAAAUCUGGCUUGUGCAUACCAUGCAGCCUCUUACACCUAUCCUGAGGAAUCUUCAGAGAGAGCUGAAUAUCUUCAGAAGGCAGAAGAACUUAUUCUGGAAGAAUUGAAAUCUCAAGACCUCAGUUCUUGUGGAACUCAGGUCACAUUUGCCACCAUUCUGAUGUCACAGAAAAGAUACAAAGAAGCAAUACAAAUCCUUGAAACUGUUGUGAAUGUAGCCAGCAAAAGUGCUCAGGAAGAAAUUCAAAGUGAUGUGACAGAAUUUGGAUUCAGCGAACAAAAAGUGCUUGAUGAAGAUUUGCAAUUGGAAAUUUCAGCUCAUAUGAAAAUAGAAGGGCCAUCCUUAAUCUUCACAUUUUAUUUUCUGGUCAGAUGUUUAGUACAAGAAGAUGAAGUUACAAAACUAAAGGCUAUUUUUGAAAAAUAUCAGAAGGUGUGUGACCUGUGUGAAGAUAUCACUGGAUAUAAACUUCUUGGUUAUAGCUACUAUCAAGUAGGAGACAAACACAAAGCAAGAGAAGCUUUCAUGUCUGCUUUGCAGAAAAUGCCAGGAAGCAAACUUCUGAUAUCAAACAUUAAAAAAUGUUCAGAUUUACCCUUUGACCCUGAGAGUGACUGA